UCUUUUGUGACAAUGAUUCUAUCAAUUCCAUUGCUUUUUUAUUUCUUAGCAGGGCUGGUCACAGGCCAGCUGAUUGGUCCUGUCGGUCCAACAACACCCCUUGAUGAGAAAACAAUUGAGUGUAACAUACUUGAUUACGGUGCUGUUGCUGAUAAUGCUACCGAUAUCGCUGAUUCCCUAGAAAGGACAUUUACCGAAUGUGUCUUGCAAACUCCACAAAGUCGUCUUCUCGUACCAGAGGGUGAUUAUUUGCUCAGUCGAGGCGUGGUAUUGAGCAAUGGGACCAACUGGGCUUUCCAGCUGGAUGGGUUGAUUACAGCCGCUUACGGUGGUAAUUGGACAAUAGACCGUGAGCUUAUACUCCAGGGGUUUGCGGGAACUGAAAUCAUAAACGCGACAAUCAACGGAGAAGGUGACAAUAAAUUCUUACUAGAUGCCCUUGUCAUUGUAAAUGCUGUGGAUUUUGAGUUCUACUCCUUAAAUGGCCUUGGAGCCAUUCAAGGGCAAGGUUAUAUUUAUCGUAACCUAGACAACACUGAUCGACCCCGCCUUGUUCGACUCAUUUCACCCACCAAUGCUUCUGUUCAUGACUUGAUUCUUGUUGAUAGUCCAAAGUUCCACAUUGUUCUGGAUUUUGCAGAAAAUGUGGAAGUAUAUCACCUCACUAUUCGAGGUGCAAACCUUGGUAGCUAUGAUGGUAUCGACGCAGUUGGGACGAAUUACCAUAUUCAUGACAAUGAGAUCACAAAUCGGGAUGAAUGUGUCUCGGUGAAAAGUCCUUCCCAUUUUGCCUUGGUUGAAAAUCUUGUUUGCAACCAGGCAGGGUCCGGGAUAUCUAUUGGCAGCUUGAAUGUAUCUGCUGAGAUAUCAAAUAUUGAAGCUCGCAAUAUCAGUAUAAUCCAGGGGAACAACAUCGCCUUCAUCAAAACCUAUCCUGGAGGAUCAGGCUAUGUGACAAAUGUGACCUUUUCCAAUUUCCGAUCCCUUGGAAGUGCGUACGGGUUGGAUAUCAACCAAUAUUGGCAAAACACUCUCGAGCCAGAUACUGGAGCUGUAUCUCUCAGCAAUAUUCUGUUGAAGAACUUUACUGGAUCAGUUGCGAAUGGAAAGAAGAGAGGACCUCUCGUUCUGAUCGCCAACGAUUUAACAUUUGCGACGAAUAUUACGGUAGAGGAAUUUAGCGUUUGGACGGAAACAGGUACGGAGAUCAUAAACAAGAUAAGCAAUGUGUUCGGCCAAGGCGAUGAUAGCUAUGGAUCCAAUAACGGUAUUGCGACUCUAGCAAGUGGGCAAGAUCCUUACACAUACACUCGAUCAUACACCAUCACAAGCUCCCCAAAUGGUUGGACAGCACCAAGCUCCCCUACUUGGGCCGCACCUAGUACUGGAUACGGCACUGCAUCACCGAUCCCUGUGUACACCCCGGCUGCUCUAUGGCGUCCCGGUGGAAUAGACUAUGAUUUACAUUACUGGGGAAGCUUCUGA